GGCGGUUGAGAGACGGGUGUAAUGGCUGUAAUGGGAGAGUGCUGGGGCGCGCACCCUUACCACGAAAUUCAAAGUGCGCCGAACAAAGCAGUGUGUAGUAGGUGAAUACAAAGGUAGUCUCGAAGCCGUUCACACAGCUGCUGUCGAUCCACGCCUUCUUGACGUCGGGGGGAAAGACAAAGCAGGUGCCCCCAUUGUUCACGCUGAUGUCCAGCCGUCAGACAGAUGACUACAUCGCGGUGUUCGAGGCCGUCCAGAACCUUCCUGAAGAAGACCUCUCAUUGGAACGGAUGACGACCGACUUUGAGGUGGCAACAUGGAAGUGGUUUCGAGCCGUCUUUCCUGGCGUGCCGGUGAAGGGGUGCACGUUCCACUUCAACCAAGCGGUAUAUAGGAAGAUCCAAGAUCUGGGGCUGGCACCAGCGUACAAUACGGAUGUUGCCACCCACAAGUUUUGUAAGAAGUUGAUGGCGCUGCCAUUCCUGCACGCGGACCACGUCAGACCGGCAUUUGACAAGUUGAGGGGGAAGCAGGAGACCGAGGGGCUAGGCAAGCUGUGCAGUUAUAUAGAAACAACGUGGAUGAAGAACACCACGUACAGGCUUCAAGACGGGUGUGUCUUUGGACAGGCUAUAAGGACCAACAACGACUUGGAGGCAUGGCAUCACAGACUGAACCAGAAGGCUGGAAGAAAGAAUUUGCCGCUAUACACCUUAAUACCUUUCUUGAAUGCGGAGGCCGACCUGCUGCCCAUGCAGUCUAGACUACUAACAGACGGGCAGUUGGAUCGGCGGCAAACGCCAGCACAGAAGAAGAAAGCGAAGAAGUACUUCGCGCUAUGGGACAAUUAUACGGAAGGCGAUCUGUCCCCAAGCCAGCUUCUGCGUGAAGUCGCAAAGAUGAACGGACCCGUAUGCCAGUGAUGUGCACCAUGCAUCAAUAGUCUAGUACAAUAUUAAUUACUAAAAUAUGCCUUUUAUAUAUUUUGCCAUUCAUUUAUUAAAGCAAGCACAUAAAUUACAUUAAUGUUUAUUUCAAUUAAUUUUUG